AUGGCUGUUCCUCCAGAUAGAUCAACAAGAAAUCUUCACAACUUCACUUUGCCUCGCUUGAAAUGGGGAAACCAAAAAUCCCUCCAAUGCAUGAAAUCUGACAACAACUCCAUCGCCAAAGGCGAUACCUCCACCGAUCAUAGCAGAUCCUCGGCCUCUGAAGCCCCCGAUUCUGACGGCUUCAACCGAAGAACAGGAAGCAGAAAUGAUCUGAUCAAACCCAGGUCUUCUAAUGUUUCAGAUCACAGCUCCAAUAAAUCUCCAAUCAACAAAAAGGGUGGUGUUUCUGAUAAUGACGGAAUCGAGGGUGUCCGUCGUAAGCUCAUGACCGAUCUCAGAAUCGCCGCCGGUAGAAUGAAAGUCCCAGUUCUUGAAGAUAAAGAGAAAGAGAAAGAAUCGGAGAUAUCAAACUCUCCGAAGCCAUGGAAUUUGCGGUCUGCCAGAGCCCCCUAUAAGGCUCCAAUCAAGUCCGGUGGAAGCAACACCGACGGCGGAGGACAUGCAGGGAAGCAAGAGAGCCCGGUGGCAACCGUGAAAUCCGAAAGGUUGAGGAAUGUGGUGGCAACUGAAAAAGAGACAACUGAAAAGGGAGAGAAUAGCCAGCGAGCUAAGUUUUCGCUUACACUCACAAAGGAAGAGAUUGAGAGUGACUUCUUGGCGAUGACGGGAGCGAAACCACCUCGGAGACCCAAGAAGAAGUCUAAGGCUGCUCAGAAGCAAUUGGAUUCACUUUUUCCGGGGUCAUGGAUGACGGAAAUAACACCGGAGAGGUACAAAGUUCCAGAUUUUCACGAACCAGGGAAGUUAAAGAGGCUGCUGAGUGCUGGGAGUUAUGAAUGUUCUGUUUGUUGA